AUGGCAAUGGCUAGUUCAAAAGAUCAACAUAUUGAGUAUUUUCAAGCACUAACUGGCUGGAAAGAUCGACAAAAAGUGAUUGAUUUUUUGCAGAUGUACGAAUGGGAUGUUACUUUUGCUGCCGAAGCAUUUUUGACAAACUCCGAGGUAACUAAGGAUGAUCAAUCACAUAAACCCAUUUUAUUUCGAACCAACUCAAGAGAAGUAGGAUCUCGAUUCAAAUCAUCGGAUGAUGAGCUACCAGAACGAAAAACACUUUUUGAAGCUCGUCAACAGCAAAUAUCAAAUAAUUCAAUGGAGAGAUCAUCGCAUCCUUCAUUUAAUUCACGAAACUAUCAGCUAACAACAAACAAUUCCAAUCAAAUUAUACCUACAUCGCACACACAAUCUGCCGAUGAACGUGUGAUUCAAUUAUAUAAAUUAAAUGGAGAUGGAACAAAUCCAAAGCUUCGCGAUAUUAAUCAAUUAAAACAUAAUAAACAAGAACUUCUACAGUAUAUCGAUUCAAAUGUCAUUGGUAGAAAUCUUCAAAUCAAUACUCCAUGGGGAUCUCGAAAAAUUGUUUAUGCUGAUUAUACAGCAUCUGGACGUGGUCUAACAUUUGUUGAAUAUUGCAUGAUGUUUAACGUUUUACCUUAUUAUGCCAAUACACAUAGCGAAAAUAAUGCAUGUGCAUUACACACUACAAAAUUUCGUGAAGGAGCACGUACUGAGAUUAAGCGAUGUGUCAAUGCAACCAAUGAUGAUGUUGUUAUUUUUACUGGAUCAGGAUCAACAGCUGCUAUUAAUAAACUUGUCGAUGUUUUACAGCUGAGAAAUAAAGAUGUUCAAAGGAAAACUGUUGUUUUUAUUAGUACAUUUGAACAUCAUUCAAAUAUAUUACCAUGGAGCGAAACAGGAAUUGAGGUUAUACGUAUUCCUAAUACUAAAGAAGGUCUUAUUGAUCGAGAUAAUUUAAAAAAACAAUUGAAACAUUAUCAUAAUAUUAUUGGAAAACAUAUUAUUUGUACAUUUAAUGCUGCCAGUAAUGUAACUGGUAUUCAAACUGAUGUUGAUCGUAUUUCAACACUUGUUCAUCAAUAUGAUGGUUGGGUUUUUUGGGAUUAUGCAGCAGGAGCACCUUAUCUUAAAAUUGAUAUGAAUCCAUCAGAAACGGCAUAUAAAGAUGCUGUUUUUAUUUCGGUACAUAAAUUUGUUGGUGGACCAGCGACACCAGGUCUUUUAAUUGCUAAGAAAAAACUUUUUAAUAAUCCAGUUCCAUCGGGUGUUGGAGGUGGUACAGUUACUUUUGUAACACGAACACGUACGGUAUAUGUAAAAGAUAUUGAAGCACGUGAAGAAGGUGGAACACCUAAUAUUCUUGGUGCUAUCCGAGCUGGUUUAGUUUUUCAUUUGAAAGAAAUUGUCGGUUAUGAUACAAUUGAAAAACGUGAAAAUGAAUUAGUUGCAAAAUUUUUUGCACGAUUUCGUAAUCAUAGAAAAUUAAUUAUACUUGGAUCAACAAGUCUUCCUCGACUAGGAAUAUUUUCAUUUCUUCUUUAUGUACCAUUCUUUGCCAAAUAUUUACAUCAUAAUUUUGUUUGUGUUUUAUUAAAUGAUUUAUUUGGUAUACAAGUACGAUCAGGAUGUGCUUGUGCUGGACCUUAUGUUUUAGAUCUACUUCAAAUUGAUGAUAAAACAGCAGAUGUUUUUGCAAAAUUUAUUACAGCUGAUGAAAAUGGUAAAUUGAAUGAAUUUCCUAAAAAUGCAUUAGUCAAGCCUGGUUUUACUCGAUUUAAUUUAUCAUAUUUUGCAAGUGAUAAAGAAGUUGAUUAUAUUUUAAAUGCAGUUGAAUUUAUUGCACAUGAGGGAUGGAAAUUUUUAUCAUUGUAUACGUAUGAUAUUAACACGGCUGUUUGGCAUCCUCGUCCUAUGCCAUCAAAAAAUCAUUUUUCUCAAUUUCAUAAUCAUCAAAUAGCAAAUAAAAAUCGUCCAAUGAAACAGAAAUUUGAAAAUAAUCAAGUCGAACGUUGGAAUUCACUUUUUGAUCAAUCAAAUACGAAUUCAUCUUCGGAUGAUCCGAUCGAAGAAGCUAAAUUAAUGGCGAGUUCUAUACCAAAAUAUGUUUAUGAAAAUAUUGAUUUUCGAGCUGAUCCACCAUUAAAUGUUCCAGAUGGAUAUGAAGACUUUAUUUGGUUUGUUUUACCAAAAGAAGUUAUCCGAAAAAUAGUAAUUGAUUUUGAACAAAAUCAAAGAGAUAAUUAUAAACCAGUACCAUUCCAUUUGAAAAUGAAAAACUAA